AUAUCAAUAUAUAUAUCGUAUUGUGGAUAUAUCCACUCGUCGAAAGAGUACCUCCGGGAUAGUAGUACCAGGAGUUUUGAGGAAAAUUUUAAAAGAUAGACGACUUAAAUUACGAUGUACAGUGACGAAGGCAAUAGCUUUUAGAAAAGAAAUGAAUCUUAGUCACAAUGAAAGAGUCGUUCUUUUAAAACAUGAUAUUUUGAAUUGCCCAUACCACGUAUUUGGCUACCAUGAUGAUUGUGCUAGUUAUUUUUGUAAAGGCCUGAAAGAAAAUGAGGUUAAUCUAGUUCCUCAAAUGCAAACUUCUGGAUUAUGGGCUGAUAUCUUAGGGGCCAGAAAUAUAGUUGCACAUUAUGUAUCGAGCCUGAUCUAUAAUGUCAAUAACAAUGUGGUUGAAGGUUUUAAUAACGUGAUUGUCAAGUACGUUGGUGGCAAAAGAAUCAACUAUUCUUUACGAGGAUCCUAUAGUGCUAGGUGUCAUACUGCAGUGACAUCGUUUAAUUUUGGAUCUAACUACAUUAGUCACUUACAUAAAAAAAUGACUAAUUUAAGUCCUGGUAUAAUUACAAAAAAAUAUAUUAAAAAAGUUGAUAAAAUGUGCGAAUUAUCAAGAAGACGACGUUUAAAUUUUAAAAAAUCGACUUUUACAAUGAACAAGCGUAAAUUAUUUUCUGGACCCGAUGAUGAUUAUGGAGCUGUGGAAAUGGGUUGCGAAAUAAUUGAUAUGCCUUUUGAUGAGUAUCAAAAUAAAAAGGAACUAUUUUUGAAAAAAAUAACAUUAAAAUCUGAAGAGAUAGUAGCGAUUGAACGAAGUACAAUUGGACAGCAAGAUAAUGAUAUGUGGCAACAAUAUAGAAAGUAUCGACUAACGGCGUCCAACUUUGGAAAGGUUUGUAAGCUUCGACCAACAACUUCCCGUGCAAAUACUGUAAAGCAUAUUUUGUACGAUAUUUUUCAAGGAAGUUCAGCUACGAGGUAUGGAAUCGAAAAUGAGUCAAUUACCAGAAACGCCGUUCAAGAAACUUUAGGAAUAACUAUACAGUUAGCAGGUUUAUUUAUUCAUAAAUCUCUACAUUAUUUGGCUGCGAGUCCGGACGGGUUAAUAAACGAAGACUCGAUAAUGGAAAUAAAAUGUCCGUCGAGUAUAAAAGAAUACACACCACAGGAAGCGGUUACUCUCGAAAAAUUAAAGUAUAUGACCGAUUAUAAGGGGAAGCUUGUUAUAAAAAAAACGGACAAUUAUUAUUUUCAAGUACAAGGCCAACUUAAUAUUGCCGAAAAAAAAUAUUGUUAUUUUGUUGUAUGGAGCCCCAAAGGUUUUGUGAUAGAUAAAAUAUUUAGAGAUGAAUCAUUUUGGAAUACAAAAAUUGAACUUUUUGUUACUCGAUUUUAUAUGGAGUCAUUACUUCCAGAAAUAAUCGAUUCUAGGUUUGAUCGAGGAUUAUCAAUAAGACCAGGCAUUCCCGAAAAAAUUGUUUAAUUCUGUCACCUUUAGUUUUUUAUUUCAUUUCUUAUACAUCUUGAUUUUUUGUAUAUUUAUUUAUGUUUUGCAAUACAAGAAAUUUA